UGCACCGCGAGGGAAGAACGCGGGGUCUCCCGUGUGCGGCCCGCCGUUCCCGCUUGCGGCACGCGCGCGCGCGCGUCCGCCCGCCUGUUUCCGUUUUCCUCUCUCUCUCUCUCUCUCUCUCUCUCUCUCUCUCUGUCUGUCUCUGUCUCCGCGCGAGUGAUAGCGGCACGACGUGACGUGACACAGACGGUGGGAUGACAGACGAGUAAAUAAAUGGGUCGCCGUGCGCGCCCAAAAGCGAGAGCGUCGCACAAUUAUGCGAACGAUUGUGCGAAACGCAUCGAGAACCGCGAUCUUUCGUUUAUCGAAGUAAAUAGACGCAAACGUGCGGAAUCGUUGUGAUAAUAGCGUAGAUAGAUAUUUAUCGGAAGGGAUAAAAAGAAACGAUAUAUAAUUAGGAAAGGAGAGAAGCGUACUUGGUAACUCGAAGAUUGAUUAGGAUCCUUUGUAAAAGAGGAAUUUAGAGAGAAAAGUAUCGCGGAGAAAUUAAACGGAAAAAGCUCGUCUCGAAUCGACUGAUCGAUGUGCGUCGCGUGGACUAGGUCAAGUGAUUAAUUAACAGCGAGAGCAAAUUAGAGCGGGCGUUAACGGAAAGACAAAGGCUUCCCGACAAUUUUCACGUCCUCUCGUCAUCAAGAGAAUCGUCCAAAACAGAUCAUCAAUUUUUUUUUCAAAAAAAAAAAAAAAAAAAUCUAUCAAAUAAAAUUUUGUUGCAAAAAGAAAAAAAGGGAAACGUUGAAACGAAAAGAACCUAAUUCGUCUCGCGAGAAAACCGUGUCAACGAGGUGAAAGAAGGCCGUACUUGCUUGUCGGUGUAAAAGUGCGCAAGACGUGCAGCAGGUGCAACGGGAGCGCAGCUUCUGUCAUCGAUCUCGCCGCGUCUGCAGCGAGCAUGGCGCGGCCCACCGGACACGCCGGAUCGCGUCCGCGUGCGAACGCGCGACGAUUUGACAUCGCGCGCGCGGCGAUCGACGGCGACCGCAGGAUGACAGUUCGCGCAAUCGUCGACGCGUAUUGAUUUUCGGCGAGUCGAUCAUCCCCGAUGACUAUGGUAAUAACGAUGACGACGAUAAUGUCGACGACGACGAGGAGGAAGUGGUCGGCGUCGACGGCGCCGGGUGAUGGUACCGCGAACGCUGAAUCUUCCCGGAAUGCGGGAGGUCGAUCGAACGUUGCCUCCCGACGCAUCCUCCGACAGUUGCACGGCCCACCCACGUAAGCGUCCGGCGACCUCCGGCAGUGAGGGCGAAGAAGAGCGCGAGGGGUCCUCUCGAGACUCCGCGCUCGACACUCUGGAACAUAAAGGCGAGAGGAACGCCGGUGCGCGUCGUCGUCCCGCGCGCGGGUGGUGUUUACAUUCGCGAGAGGCGCGAGACCCGCGAAAUAUCGAGAUAUCGAUCGCGCCUUCUCUCGCGGAGAGAACUCUUGUUUCUUUCCCGCGCGUUCACGGUGUGUUUGGACUUUGGAGAGACGCGCGAGGAGUGAAUCCGAGGAAAAAAGUUUUCUCAAUCGCGUCGAUUGAUGAGAGCGCGACGCGAAGAUUCCAGCAUUAUUCAGGUGUACCGAGUGUUUACAUCUGUGUUUACAUCUCUGUAAGAUGCGCAUUCGUGAGAUCGUGAAGAUGCAAUUUGACGAAGAUUCGCGCAACACUCGUGUGCUUUAGCCAGACUUUAGUUACUGAAAUAUAAAAGAGAAAUAUAUAUACGUGCAAAAUUAAUAUUGAAACUGAUUGAGAUGUUAAGCAGUCGCGAAAUCCGACUGACUUUGAUGACUCGCGUGCUGUCAUAAAAAAUAUUAAUAACAAUAUUAAUAACAAUUUUCGGGAAGAUCGAGGGAAAAUAUUUUGAAGACGCUUUCAUCGAACGAAGCGUCAAAGUUUGAUGUGUGUUUAUGUCACGAUAUAUUGUAGUCGAGAUCUCUUACGAUGUUUACGCGCAACGAGAGAAACGUAGCCUAAGCGUGUCGUUGAUAGACGAGAUCUAGAUCGAUACGAGGAAUCAUAGUCGCGCAGAGAUGGACUGCUGCAAUUACAUCGAGGCUUACGCGGCAGGUGGUCACUUUUACCAACAGCAACAGCAACAGCAACAGUACUUUUGUUACGACAAUGGUAGCGCGAUGUACGGCGGGUACGAAGCCGCGCCGAUCUCUAAUGCGAUCGACAUUAACGCUCGAUACAACGGGACGAUACCCUCCUCCACGUAUCCGACAGAUUACGUGUAUAACCCGAAGGAGGCGAGAUUGCGAAAGGCUAUGCGCGAGCAGACUCGCGAGCUGUCACGACGAUCAAUCCUGCAGAGCGCGAUCGCGAACGCGAACGGACGCACGAUCGGCGGUGGCGGCGCGUCCGGGGCGAUCUCCGGCGAUUUCCUAAACCAACAUCAUCGUUUCGAUUGCGCUUCCGUGCCCAUGGGUCCGAACGUGAGCCCUCAUCAAGAGUCCUGGUACCAGACCGCGCAUCGUGGUCUCAAGCCGGCGCAUUCGCCGCGAAUCGGCGACUGGUACGGGAACGUGUGCGGCGAUCCGAUCGAGAGGCUGCAAGCGAUGGGCGUGAUGCAUCAGCAGCAGCGGGACCUCGACAAGCCCAUCAAGGACCAGAGAAGCCAGGCGUUCGUCCCCAACGGCUAUUCGCCGGAUAUCGCGGCUGCGGAGAGGGAGAUUCGCCGGCAAGAAUCCGCUGCGGAAUACGCCGACUAUGUCGACGGCCAGAAAUGGCAUCCUUAUCAAAAUAGCGCGAGCCCUCAUUCACAUCCGAGGACACCGCAUCCGUCACCGCAAAUGGGCGGCAUUCUUCACCCGAAUGUACAGAAUACAAACGCGCAUGGACACACGCAUGGUCCAUGGGGCCAAUUUUGUCACGGCGUACUACCACAUGUCCCGAUCAUGGCUCACAAUGCGGCGAUUCGAGGUCCGCGACACGCAGUUUUCUUACGGGAUCGUACGCCAACUAGGCACUGCGCAUUUUCGGAAGAUGCGUCGCAGAUGGGUUACGCUCCGAGAAAAUUAAACAUGGAUAGUAUUCGCGCGUCUUAUCCGUUACCGCAGCAUCAGAUGCCAAGAUUAUUGGAAUCAGCGGUGGAUUCCGUCAUAGACUCGACGACGACCAUGAAUCGACGCGAGGAAGACGACGGGACCAGAUGGGAGCCAAAUACCGUCACCGCCGGAGUGUCUCUCGACGAACUCGUGCCAACCUCUACGCCGCAGGAAAACGCAGUUUCUCGCGAGAAGGAGCAGCGCGAGUCCCGGCACUCGAGCGAGCGAUUCGAGCCGAAGAGGAAGCCCGUUUCGAAGCAACCGCUUCCAGGUUUCCAUCAAGCUUUCGGCUCCACGGAGAUCGGCAGAUUCUCCCGAUCCGAGUUCUUCGUGAACAUGGUGGGCGAGACCGGCGGCGGUGGCGGCGGAGAUACCGGUGACGACGGCGGCGACGAUGGGGAUGUAAGUAAGGAACGUCCGCUGCUGGAGACGACGGGGAGCGCAGCCGCGGCGGCGGUCGCGGCCGCAGCGGCCGCGACGGCCGCGACGGCUGCCGCAGCGACGGCCGCUGCGGCCGUCGCAGCCACCACAUCCGGAAAGAUUCUCGACGUCGAAGAUAAUCAGGCGACGUACGCCGUCGGCGCGCCGUCGAUCGGCGGCCCUUAUUGCGGACAGCCGACGGCGCCGCGCUGGCACAGUCCACACGUAGGUGCUAUAGGUAGCGAAAUUUAAGCGAGUUCAGUCGCGGUGUCGCGUACCGUCUUCACGACACUUGUCGAUGUCUCUUCGCUGUUGAAGGGCAUCGAGAGGUACCGCAGAUUUUUGAAGCAAAUCGAUAGAAUUUUUUUUUUUUUUCAGUAAAAUUGGAAGAAUUAUUAUCAUUUUUAUCAUUAUUAUCAUUAUUAUCAUUAUAAUUGGCGUUCCUGAAUAAUUAAGGUACUAACAAGUAUCGUUGAUACGGUACAAAAUACCGCUACAGAUCUACUCCAGUAGGAGGUUGUCCUUGUCUUUUCUUAGGCUAAAGCGGUUCCCGUAGCUUUUCGACGCGUGACAGAUUGCGAUGGGGUUAAAUGGCGAUAUUACAUUUCCAAUAGGAAUAAGUUACGAGUGUAACACUAGUAGUUUUGAUGUGUAGCAGAUUUCGAUAACAGAGAAAUGUGCCCAUACUUUGUGUUACAUAUGCCAAUUAAUGAGAUUCAUCCAGAAAAUGCAACCGCUAUAAUUUCAGCAUGCAUUUAAAUUUUUACACUAAAAACACGCAAAAGCGAUUUCUACGUUUAUUCAUAACGAUUUUUCCGAUAAUUAAUAUAAGAACCAUCUUUUAAUAUAUUUCUAAGAGAAGAAAUUGAGUUGGUCAUCGUAUCGGUUUCAAUUCCUGGAUUUAUCUCCAUGACGGAACCUUCGUCGAAAACCUAUAACGCUGCUCGGAAAGGAAAAGCGGGACACGCGCGUCAUGCGUAGCGAAUGCAAGUGCAUCGAUUAGCGAAAGCUGUCGGGGAUCGAUGUUGGCGUACGAAACGUCCCGACAAACUGCGAACGUUCGUCGAGAUUGUGCCUUCCAGAGGAUCGGGGUCGCGUCGGGGAGUUCUCGUCGAGUUCUCUCGCCUUAUCGAGAAUCAAAGCAGAGCACGAUAUCACCGCGUCUCGUAUGCCAAAAGGAAGAUAUAAUCAAAAUUAAUCAUGCCGAGAUGAUCCGUAUUCGAUCGGCAUCUUCCAUCACUGUUGUUAGAUGCCGUCGACGUUCUAUGCGUCGAUGAGAGCGAUUAUACAUAUAAAUAUAAAUAUAAAUAUAAAUAUAAAUAUAUAAAUAUAUAUAUAUAUAUAUAUAUAUAUAUAUAUAUAAAAUAUACUCGUGUGUAAUAUGUGAAAAAACGAAUACGCGCGACGAAGAGAGUAAGUUAUUUAGUAGAUUCUUUAGAUGAGUACGUAUUGCCGCACGGAGAAACGAUCAAAUAAAAGUGAAACACGCCUGCGAGCGUUGGAAGCCGGGAAGUCGACAGGUAAACGUUCUUCCGCUUCUGGAAAAUAAUUGUGAAGGGAUAAUGCACGUAGUUUGUAUUAAGAAUCUGCGUCUGAACGUCUUUUGACAGUUUCCUCUUUCGGCCGAUCUGUCUUGAAAUUAAUUAGCAUUUAAUCAUGAUUAAUUUAACAUUUAAAUAUUAUAGUAUAUAUAUAUACUAUAAUAUUGCUCGUUAAACUUAGGAAAAUAAUUAAUGAGAUUGGCAAUUAAGAGAUAUCGUGUGUUAUUACAUUUAAACGCGAUUUUUUUUAAGCUUAUGCUUAUAUUUAUUUCUUGUAAUGUCAAUUUUGACUCUAUUUUGUUUAAUGAUUCUAAUAAAGUUUAUUGACGUUUUGCCGGCAGAUUAUUAAUACGCGCUAAUAUCUAUAACUUGCGUCUAGUCUACUGACCAGUUAAUUCGCGAUAAAUUCGUGCCGGAUACCCUGUACCUAUGAUGGGACCAAAUUACGAGAAGCUUUUAUGUCGCGUUCACCGUCGCGCUUACGUCCUACGAUGUAUGGUCGCGUAAAAGGAACUUCCCUCAUUCUGUUCGCGUGAUCGCUCGCGAGUGAAAAAAAAAAAAUCGCAAAACUUUCCGCUUCGAGAAACGUGGAAUAUAUUCUGCAGAAUAAAAUGUGACACACAUAUGAAAGUAUAUUAAUAUAAUUGAAAAUAUAUUCCACUUCUCGCAACGGAGAAUAAACAUAAUCACGCCUUACAAAAACAUAUUUAGACAAUUGUCCGAUCAAAGCGUGCAUGAAUAUCAUAACGAAAAAGAUGACGUUAUAUCCGUAGGACGGAGAGAUUGAAGUAAUCUGAACUAGAUAUUGAUAGUAUUUGACGUCGUAAAGAAAUCGUCUUCUUGGCUCGACUGUGCGUAUUGAAAGAUGCAAGUAACCUUUACGAAUAAGGGGUGCUGUUUAAUUAAUCAGAAGAUCGUAAAUGUACACUGUGUGAUGCGCAAUAUGAUAAGCAACGGUAGCUAAAAAGAGAUAAAACAAACCGACCUAUAACAGACCUACAACGUUUUAUUCGAAAUAGGUAACCACAAAUGUCAAGUUUUUCUGAUGCUGAAAAUAUUAACGAGAAUAUAUUAACGCGCAUGCUCUUUCAAAAUAAAAUUAAAAAAUACAAAAUUGAAUUGGCAUUUGCGGUUCUAAUCGUCCUGUGAUACGAGAUGAAGAUUCAUCUCAUCGCAAAAUGUAUGCUUUACUCUCAUUCGAUUCCGGACGAUCGCGAGCAGUAUGAAAAGAAUAAACGGAUGUCUAUGCGACAGUAAAGAAGAUAAAAUGAAACAAUCUUA